AUAUUUAACGUAUUUGUUCACAAUCAAUAUAGGCCAAGACGUUGACAAACAAUAGGUAACAUUAGCAAGAUGUUUCUGCGAAUGCGGGUAUUGAUGCUCCUCACCGGGGUGUUUUGUAUGCUAUACUUUGGCCUUCAGCCCCUAACGGAGUUGUAUGAAGCCAAGACUAUCGUUGUGCCCCCCGAAGAAAUCGUCUUUAUCAACACCUCCGAAUGCCAUGUGACUGGACCUCGAAGACCAGCUCCAUUCUUCACGGCGAUUGAGCCCAUCAACAAACUGCGGUGCCGUUUGCCCCAGUUGAUGAUUGCGAUAUCCAAAGGUGGCAGUAACGUUCUGGUGGCCAAAGAAGCUCCAGAGGACUUGCAGUGCAGAUAUUGGCUAAAGACUGACGGGGAUUUCCUGCCCAGCAAGUAUGUGGCGGAUGGGCUUUUCGAUCUGAAACAUGGCGCGAGGAAAGAAGUUACAGUCGGUAUGGGAAAGCAGAUAGUACGAGUCAAGUGCUCCACCAAAUUGAAUGAAACCAAGUAUCAUGAUGUUCACUACUUCUUGCCACCGCCUGAUCCGCAUUCGAAACCGUUGACAAGUCCGGAUAAAUUGUCUGUGAUGGUGCUGGGCAUCGACUCAGUUUCCCACAUGCACUUCAUGCGCUACUUCCCCCUCGUGAAGGGCUUUCUGGAAGGUCUGCCGCACACCAAGUUCUUCGGCUACAGUCGAGUGGGUCUGGAUGCUCAUGCCAACAUAGUGCCACUUUUGAGCGGUCUGAGUAGCCUAGAGCUGCAGCAGAAUGAGGGAGCUUGGCUGUUCCGGGACUUCAAUGCUGGCGGCUACAGCACUGCCUAUGGCGAAGAUAGUGCCAAUGUCAUACUACCCAGACAAGUCACCGACUUUGAUUUAACUCCUGUGAUGGCCGAGAUGGAUACUCACACGCGCUAUAGCAUCGACUUGAAGGAGAUGAUACACUGCACUGCCGGACGCAGUUACAAGGAUGUCCUGUGGGAUUAUAUUGGCAAACUAGUGCCUCAUAUGCAACGAAGUCCGUUCUUCUCGUUCUUCUGGCAAUCGCAGGGUGUCGAGGAGUACUACGAAUACGCCAGCCACCUGGAUCUGUCCUAUAUGAUGCUGCUGAAGAGUCUGCUAGACGCCGAUAUCCUGAACAAUACCCUGCUUCUACUGAUGUCCGACCACGGACUGCGCGCCGGCAACUACCGCAUGAGCUUUCAGGGCAUGCGGGAGGAGUCACAGCCCCUGCUGGUGGCCAUUUACCCCGAGUGGCUGAAGGAGAAGUACCCCCUGGCCAUGGAGAACUUGGAGCAGAACGCCCAUAGCCUCAUCACUCCGUACGAUCUGCACGCCACCCUGAGGGAUGUGCUUAGUAUGGAGCAGCUGCAGGAUGGCCACAUAGAGGUACGCAACAAUAGUCUGUGGUCGUCUUCCCCCAAAAAGAUGCCUCGCGGCGUGAGUCUCUUUCUCCGCGUUCCAGGUCACAGGACCUGCGACUUGGCACACAUCCCCUCCCUCUUUUGCUUCUGCCGCGAACUCACCGAAGUGCCCACGGACGACGGUCUGGUCCUUCGGUGCAGUCGUUUCCUGGUGGAGUCCAUCAACAAGCUGAUCAAGCCCCUCGGACAGUGCCGGCAGCUGAAGCUGAAAAUGGUCCUGCUGGCCCACUUCCUGGACUUUGGCGAGGACUCCUUCGUCUACGAGUUGCGGCUGAGGGUGCGAACGGAACCCGGAGGCGGGGAAUUCGAGGCCACCGUCCGUCUGUCGGACGUCCUUCUGUUGACCAGCCCCAUCAGUCGGAUCAACCAUUAUCUGGGCCAGUCCCACUGCCUCAGCGACCCCGAUUUCAAAAUAUUUUGCUUCUGCGUUUAAGGUGUUUUGAUGAUGUUGGGCUUAAAAG